AUUUUUUAACUACUCAGACCAAUAUUUCCUACGUAGUUUAUUUCUCUACGACUGAACUCAAGUGUUCACAAUUUGAAGUUCUCUCUCUCGAGUCUCGACACAACGGAACGACCAAAGGUUCUUCUCUUCACCCUUGCUCUAACUGUCGUAAGAACCUGCUGUUAUUUGGUUCCGUUAUUAUUAUUUAUUUAUCUUAGGCUCAUUUUAUUAUUAGCGUUGGUUUGUUUGGUCCUUGUAUUUUGGUUUCUCUAUUCCUUUAAGGUGAUUGAUACAAUGUCUAUUCCAAUUACCAGUAGCUUCUCCUUCAUAGGUUUCGAAAAUGCUGAUUGGGUUUUAAGUAUCUAUUGGUCCGUCUUUUAUAUCUGAUUUAUAGGUGUUAUGGUAGUGUCUAGUACUCUUCUUGUUUCAAGAAAGAAACAAGGUAACCCCACUAGGUUUGGCCAAGUGGUGUAGGGGGGUUUAAUAGUUUGCACAAGGUCUUAGGUUCUAACCUUGUUGCUACAAUUGUACAUGGAAGAUACUACAAUUGGCCAUAUGGUUUAUUCAUUAAGUUGAGAGCUAGUGUUAAGAGACUUGAUAUAUUGUGGUACAUGGAAGAUACUACUCAUCAUCAGAGAACCUAUCGUCAUGACUCAUAUUAUGUUUCUUGUUAUGAUUGAUGUUGAGUUAAAUGGAUCAAGUGGAAGAAUGUUGGAAGCCCACGUCACUUUAUUAUUGCAAAUAUAUGAAUUGAAUGUGGAUGGAAAAUGAACCAAAUUCAGAAAUAAUAAAAUGUUCCAAAAUAAAAAUAAAUAAAGGACGUGGAACGUGAAAAGUGACAUGGGCUUCCAGCAGUACACACACAAAAACAAAAAGAAACAAGGUUGGUCAUGUUUCAUGAUUCCACAAUACUUCCAUGUACUUAAUUGAAUGCCAUUUACCAACGGGGAUCGGGUCUAGCAAGAGGCUAGUCUCUCACAACGUGGUGAGCCAAGGUUCAAAUCCCCAUUGGGACAGGUGUCCACAUAUAGUUCUUGACCAUGCCUCGAACACCAUUACCUGCAAAGGAGAAGAUAUGUGGGAAACCAAAAAAAAAAACUGAGUGCCAUUUUUCAGUUUUCUGGCAGCUAUUGUAUCUUUUUCAUUUUUUAUUACACUGCUGGCUUUCUUUAUGUUGACAGAACUGAAAAGAGAUGGGAUUACCAAAUGUUUCUGAGGACUUGUCAUCAGAGGUGGAGGUUGAUGCCUUUAAACGCAUUUUUCCACUUCGAUAUUUUGAGCGUCAUCUUGCUGAAUCUAUACGGGCUGAUGGUAGACCACUUGGAAAAGCUAGAGAAACAAGUAUUUUUCUUGGUGCUGUUGCGUUCGCAAAUGGGUCUGCUCUAGUGAAGAUUGGAUCAACUACUAUGUUGACUGCUAUUAAAAUGGAAAUUAUGACUCCGUCCUUGGAGUCACCAGAUGAGGGCUGUCUAGCUAUUGAUUUCCACAUGCCUCCAAUUUGUUCUCCAAUCGUUAGGCCUGGCAGACCAGCUGAAGCAUCACCGAUGGUGUCAAAGCAGUUGUCUAACACCAUUUCAAGUUCCAGAAUGAUUGAUUUGAAAGAAUUGUCCUUGGUCAGUGGAAAAGCUGCAUGGAUGGCUUACCUGGAUAUCUAUUGUUUGGAUGCUGAUGGUGCUCUUUUUGAUGCUGCGUUACUUUCUGCCAUUGCUGCCUUAUCUCAUUUGCAAAUUCCUUCUAUUGCCAUGAAUGAUGAUGGCAAAAUAGUACUCGUGUCUGAUGAAGAUGGACAAAAGCGAGCACAGGAGCCAGUCAAUAAAGAGAAGAGGAAGCUUACAUUAAGAAGCAUUCCGUUCUCAUUAACAUGCAUACUUCACAAGAAUUACAUCUUGGCAGAUCCUACUGCAGAAGAAGAAUCCAUUAUGGAAACCCAUGUGACAGUAGUUUUGGAUACAUCUGGUCAACUAAUAUCUCUUUACAAGCCUGGUGGGCCGGUUCUUGCCUACACUUCUGCUAUCCAGGAUUGUGCUGCGUUAACCCGGCAAAGAGUAAAGGAACUAAAUAACUUCUUGGACAAAGCAAAUUCUGCUAUGGAGGUUUAGUAGAAUUAUACAGUCAUCUUUAUUAUCCUGAAUGGUUAUUUAAAUUUGUACAUUGUGGAUCACAGGUACUGCGGCAUUUCAUUAUGAAAAAAAAAAUUCUUUUGAAAAAUUUUAACCAUCUAUUUGGACAUUUUGUU